AAAUAACAAUCAAUAUCAAUCCGUAGACUAUUACCAAACAAAUAAUUUUCGUAGCAUCAAUAAUAAUCAUAAUAAUUAUUUAGUAAUCCUAGUCUUUAGUGUUUUAAUACUUAAUUAGAUCAAGAAACUAAUUAUUCUCGUCAUCAGAAUUAAGUAUGUAUUCAAAGAGAAGUUAGGAAAGAAGAAGAAAAAAGAUUGCUGUCUCGAUGAUUGAUUGCUCCAGAAUUUUCAAAAUUUCUAAUAAAACUUAAUAUCCACCCUAAACCAAACCAUUACAAUCCUUAAUGCAGAAGAUUGUGAUAGUAAACCAUCAAGGUCGCCCAUAAACUUAUUAUAUGAAAUGA